ACUGGCAUGUGUAACCUCCUAUAGAAUCAUCACGAUUAAGGUACUCAAGGCACUAACUGUUGCCACUGAGGCAUCCAAAGUCACUUGAAUUGCUAGCCUCAGCACAUGACAAGUUGCUGAACACCCAAUUGAUGGCCGUUCUGAUUGGUACCCCUGGUAUGGUGUGUAGUAUGUCUUUCGAGGCACCCAGGUUGGUGUCAGAUGGUACCGCCUUCUGCAGCAUCAUGACAUUCUUCUUCUUGCUCCACCAUUUUCUCUCCACCAAAGCAAGACUUGAGUUGACUGGCAAGUUCUCUUUCUCCAUGCUGUACUUGAUGGGAAUCAUAUUUGAGUCAGAUCGCCCGGUGUCUGUACUGCAACAACCACUGCCAGGACAUGUGCCAUCAGUUGCUAUCACAGGAUGACCUGGCAUACAUCUUAGAAGACAACUGGUGUCUGCAGGCUCUUUGCCAGGAGAAGGCCAUUGAACAUACAAAUCGAUUCCACACCCCAGAACAAUGAUUUCGUUCCUGCCUGCCGCUACCCUAUACAGGCUGUCGUUGAGGGGGACUGACCAAUUACAGCAGAACAAUGAAAUCGUCGUUGAGCAGGGGCUAGUUACUUGAUGCCGACUUCAUGACGCAGUCAAGGAAUCACUAGAAUUACUAUUAGCCUCAGGCCGGCCGAUAAAAGAUGGAGAAGAACCGUCUAGUUCUUAAUAUUUUGGUUGAUGUAACAAGACUCCAAAGCUGACUGAGUAUGCAUUUUUUUUUGUGGGGACUGAGUAUGCAUUGAAAUCACAAUGGCAUUCGACCUGCUUUGUUGCAGUAUAAAAAUAGUGUUAGGACUAGACGGAAGUUGAGCUUCUUGUUUUUCUGCAAUAAUGCGACUAAUGUCAGGUUUUAUUGAUACAGUUUUGAAGUUGCUUGCAAAGACUAAUGCCUCAAAGUAAGAUUAAAAGACCAAUCCAAGAAGAGGAAGCAUUUAAUGGACUUGCUGAAUGAUCUCUUGAGCAGCAAGUUGUUUCGUAGUCUUUCCAGCAAGGAAAGACACUAUCAGUGGCAAGUGACUCGUUAAACCAUGGACAGUUUCAUUUAAGGGCUUUCAACACUAUACUGGUUUUUGUCAGACGAGCAUAAUCAAAGAAGCUGCCCUGUUCCUGCGAAGGAUGUUCAUUUAAAUAAUGGAAUCUAAUGCAUUGAUAAUUAUGCUUAUCAAAGAAAAAGGAAGGUCAAGAUAUGCACUUGAUGCUAGGUGGGAUGAACAAAAUGGUAUUGCGACACAAAAUUCACUGCAUACACAAUGAUGGUACCAGUACCAGGGUUUUCCAAUCAUCGUAGGGCUGGCAGCUCUCAUGGCAUAUCUCUUUAAUAUGUGAUCUGAAGGCAUGUCUCCAAAUUAGAUGGCAUGGAAUAUGCUGUUCUGACUUCCUUGGUGCUCUUGAUAAAGUUUGCUUCCUUUGAAAGAACCCUGAACCAGUCUGAAAGUUUCCCACAAAUGCUGUCCAGAACAGAUAAAUUCAUGCUGCAGGGUAACUCUGAUGAAUUCUAGCUACUUUCUCCAAUAGAGAUACAUUCAUCAACUCGUGCUUCAUUCGCAUGAUUGACGAAAUGAGAAUGCCUGCUCUAGUUGGCGCUGUGGUGGUGCUCCUGCUCAGGGACAGCAUAACAGUGGCAGCAGCAGAAAGUUCCAUGAACAUCGCGCUGCCCGGCUGCAAGAGCAAAUGCGGCGAUGUGGACAUCCCGUACCCCUUCGGCACCACCCCCGGCUGCUACCGGCCGGGCUUCAUGGUCACUUGCAAUGAGACACACCGUCCGCCAAAGCUGUUCCUGGACAAUGGUGCCAGUCCCGGUCCUGGCCCUGAGGUUGUCGAGAUAUCUCUGGCGAACAGCACGGUGCGCGUCGGGAGCUGGGUUUCACAGUUCGUCGCCGGCAACACGAGCCACGUGCAGCUAGCGAUCAGUCGCGGCUCCCCCUUCGUGCUGUCAGCCAAGGCGAACAGCCUCGUCAUCGUGGGGUGUGGCUUCCGUGUCCUCCUGCACAUUGUUGAUGGGUGGACAUAUGGCUCCUGCGCUUCUUUCUGCCCGAUCAAUAACAGCACCGGCGAGACAUUCUUGCCCGACAUCGUGUGCAACGGCAUCGGCUGCUGCCAGCCGUCCAUUCCGAUUGGCCUUCGGUCCUGCCGUAUCGAGCUCUCCUCGCUCGACGGUGCUGGCAGGUGCCCGGUUGCCCCGUCCCCAACCCCAGCUCCGGCGUUCAACGCGAGCGUGCACAUGGUGGAGCAGGAGUGGUGGAGUGACGGGUCACACGUCUAUGGUCUUCAGCAAUACUUCAUGGACCUCCUGUCUUACCCUGACAUGAGCCCGUUCUUUGUUCCUGCAAUUGCAGCCUGGGGGCUGGGCGAGUUAUUCUGCGAAGAGGCCGCCCAGAGGCCAGAUUUUGGGUGCCGCAGCAAGAACAGUAUGUGCCUCAACUCCACAAAUGGCGCCGAAGGCUAUGUCUGCCGGUGCAGUGACGGCUACCAGGGCAAUCCUUACAUGACAAAUGGAUGCCAAGGAGGGCGAGGUCGUCUAGCAGCUGGAAUAAUUUUCUCCAUAGGACUUGGCAGCGGCAUAAUUAUUUUGCUGCUAGUUCUUGCUGUUGUCUUUGCAAUAAAAAAGGUCAAGGAUCAGAAAGCAAAAAGGAUGAAGGAAUAUUUCUUCAAGCAAAAUCGUGGGUUAUUGCUCCAGCAGUUAGUAGACACAGAUAUAGCUGAAAGGAUGAUUUUCAGCUUAGAAGAGCUUGAGACAGCGACAAAUAAAUUUGAUGGAGCUCGCAUUCUCGGUGGUGGAGGGCACGGCAUGGUGUACAAAGGCAUUUUAUCAGACCAACACGUCGUUGCUAUAAAGAAGUCCAAAACCGUAAUCAAAAGGGAGAUCGACGAGUUCAUAAAUGAAGUCGCCAUCCUUUCUCAAAUCAAUCACAGGAAUGUGGUAAAGCUUUUUGGUUGCUGUCUCGAGACAGAAGUUCCAUUGCUAAUCUAUGAGUUCAUUUCGAAUGGAACCCUCUAUGCCCAUCUUCAUACUGAUGCUCCUCAAUCACUAUCAUGGAAAGACAGAUUACGAAUUGCAUCUGAAGUUGCAAGUUCUUUGGCCUAUCUUCACUCAGCGGCUUUGAUGUCGAUAAUCCACAGAGACAUCAAGACAUCUAACAUACUGCUAGAUGAUCGCUUGACGGCAAAAGUGUCGGACUUUGGCGCUUCUAGAGGUAUUGCAAUUGACCAAUCAGGGGUAACAACUGCCAUCCAAGGAACUUAUGGAUAUCUGGAUCCUGAGUACUACUACACAGGCCGACUGACCGAGAAGAGUGAUGUUUACAGCUUCGGUGUCAUGCUUGUGGAACUACUUACAAGAAAAAACCCAACUGGCUAUGUUCCAUCAGAAGGCGUCAGUUUAGUAGCACACUUCAUGUUGCUCUUGAACCAAGAUAGGCUGAGUGAAAUACUAGAUUCACAGGUUUCCCAGGAGGCUGGGGACGAAGCCAAGGAAGUAGCGGCAAUGGCAGCAAUGUGCUUGGGGAUGAAGGGGGAAGACAGGCCGACCAUGCGGUAUGUGGAAACGAAACUCCAGGGGCUGCAGAGUGUGGAGAACACCGUGAAGGGCGACCCAGAAAUGGAAGAAGUUCCAGUUAGACGACGCCGCAGAACAUUUGAAAGAAGCAGAGACAAUGCUAAUGAGGAGGGUCAGAGUAACAGCAGGCGAUAUAGCAUGGAGGAGGCGAUGUUGUUUUCGGCGAGCUUGCAGCGAUGAUCUUGAGGACAUUCGUCAUCAGAUUAUGUGGUCUCUCUGUGCUUCUGAAAUUCAUCAUAAGAUUCUGCCGUGAGAGCUGCGGUUGUUCACCUUUAUGUAAUUGCCAGAAUAUCUCCGGUAUACGCUACGACACGUAUGUUUAUAUCUGCAAAUACACUUGUACUUUAUAUUAGUUCUUACGGCUGAAUUUACAAUUGUAUUUGUUGUGCAAUUGAUGCAAUCGUAUAAAAC